ACUAGUCUUUGGUAAAAAGUAACAACCAAAUCACAGACACAUCAUCCGAAUCACUCUCCUCCUUCUGCAAAAGCAACAAUCAGAUCUCACUCUUCGAUCCUACCCAAUUCUGCAUUCACUUAAUUAAUUAGAUUAAUGUGUCCCUUAUAGAUUUGUAUAUGUAUCUAAAAUAAUAAUUAAUUAAUUAAUUGUAGGAGGGCAAUGUAAGAUCAUGCAUGCAUACAACAGGCUACCCGGAAGUGGACAAACCACCCCAUCUCCGUCACCGCCUUCUUCCCCCCGGUCACCGCGCCACCGUCAGCCCCGCUCCAAGCCCAAGCCACAUUCAACCCUAGCUCAACGCCUCUCGUGGUUCCUCAUUUCCUUUUUACUACGUCGACAGCGUAUUCUUUUGUUGGCACCCUUUCUUUACAUUUCCGUUAUGUUGUUUUAUACCGGAAAGCUGUCGCUAGAUCAUGUCAUUCCUUUGGCUAUAAAAUCCCGCUUGUCGCCCGGCUCCGUUUAUCGCAGCCCGCAGCUUUAUGCUAAGCUCAGGCCUCAUAUGGAUGCUGAUAAUUCAUCCAUGGAUGCGAUAUCAACAAUAUGGAAUCAUCCUAAAGAAGGAGAGUGGAGGCCUUGUACAAAUACGUCUUCUGGAGGAUUACCCGAGUCCAAUGGAUAUAUAUAUGUUGAUGCAAAUGGUGGAUUGAACCAGCAAAGGACAUCGGUUUGCAAUGCUGUUGCUGUGGCAGGAUAUCUUAAUGCAACACUUCUGAUUCCUAAUUUUCGUUACCAUAGCAUUUGGAGAGACCCUAGUAAAUUUAGGGAAAUCUAUGAUCAGAGUUUUUUUAUUAGUACAUUGGUAAAUGAUGUACGGGUGGUUGACAAGGUUCCUGGGUACCUGAUGGAGCGAUUUGAUCAGAACAUGACUAACGUAGCCAAUUUCAAAGUGAAUGCUUGGGCACCCGUUGAUUUCUACAAGGAUAUAAUUCUUCCCAGGCUACUCGAAGAAAAGGUUAUAAGGAUUUCUCCUUUUGCAAACCGCUUGUCAUUUGAUGCUCCUCCUGCAGUUCAAAAGCUUAGAUGUUUGGCAAAUUAUGAGGCUUUAAGGUUUGUUAGUCCCAUAUUAACCCUAGGAGAAUCUUUGGUGGCAAAAAUGAAAGAACUGAGUGCAAAUAAUAAUGGCAAGUAUAUAUCUGUGCAUCUACGCUUUGAGGAGGAUAUGGUUGCUUUUUCUUGUUGUGUAUAUGAUGGUGGGAAGAAAGAAUAUGAAGACAUGAACACAGCUAGGGAAAGAGGUUGGAAGGGAAAAUUCACAAGGCCUGGUCGAGUUAUUACUCCUGGGGCAUACAGAAUAAAUGGCAAGUGUCCUCUAACACCUUUAGAGGUAGGUUUGAUGCUUAGAGGAAUGGGGUUCAGCAAUAGUACAGCUAUAUACUUGGCAUCUGGAAAGAUAUAUGACUCAGAAAGACAUAUGGCUCCACUCUUGGAAAUGUUUCCCCUACUACAAACGAAAGAAAUGUUGGCAUCUGAAGAACUAGCUCCAUACAAGAACUUCUCUUCUAGGAUGGCUGCAAUAGACUACACAGUUUGUCUUCAUAGUGAAGUUUUUGUUACAACUCAAGGAGGAAACUUCCCUCAAUUCCUUCUGGGCCAUAGGAGAUACUUGUAUGGUGGACAUGCAAAGACAAUUAGACCUGACAAGCGAAAGUUAGCCCUACUGUUUGACAAUCCCAAAAUGGGAUGGAAAAGCUUUAAACGCCAGAUGUUAACUAUGAGAGCUCAUAGCAAUGCAAAAGGAUUCGAGUUGAAAAGACCAUCUGACUCGAUCUACUCAUUCCCUUGUCCCAGUUGCAUGUGUCGCGUGAAUAAAAAAAUAAACUCAAACACAUCGUCAGCGACAUGAUGGUACUAUUUUCAUAAUUUUCUUUGCACAUCUCAGCCUCACAUACACGUUAAUAUUUUGGAAAUAACCAAACAUACAAUACUGAAAGCACAACAAAUUUCAAAUUCAUUUAAAAAGAUCAUUUUAGCAACAGCAAAGAGAACCUGAAAACAUAGCAUUAUAGCAGAAAUGUAGAUACACACCUUUCUAAUCCAAUUUUUAGUGUUUUGUGGUACAUUAUUCCAUGUUGUACUAGCAAUACUAUCAAGACUGAAACAUUACAACAUUCAGCAGAAAAA